UAUGACAUUUAUCUUACAUAAAAUAAUACUUAAUAGAAGAUCUAUGUCUGAGUGCUUAAAGCUAUUUGACACUGAGACCAAGACCAUCAAGAUUUGUUUUUCUUUUCUUUUCUUUUUAUCAUUUUGUGUAUAUGGGACCUGCCGGCUGAAGAAAUUUGCUCUGCAAAUAUAAGGUAUGUUAUUCUUUCUGCUAUAUUGGACUAAGGAAGAUCAAUGGAGGAACCAUACCGAUAACCACAAAAGACCUGGCCUAAUGGCUGAAUUUUCUUCCUCAAGGCAAUCACUUUGAGUUGAAGUUUAAAGCUUUUCCCAUAUCCGGAAAGAACCAUGAGCAUGAUGGAAAAUGAGAAUAACGAUGGUUUGAAGAUGCAAUCCUCAGACAGGAGCGAGGACGAGGAAGUAGAAGAUGAAAGUAAGACCAAAAACAGUGCAAGCUCGAGCAACAGCAUAGUUGAGGUUGAGGAGGCUGAGAGGAAGACCUCCAGCUCUAGUGGAGUUCGGCCAUAUGUUCGAUCCAAGGUGCCCAGGCUAAGAUGGACUCCUGAUCUUCAUCUUUGUUUUGUCCAAGCAAUAGAUAGACUUGGGGGUCAAGAGAGAGCAACCCCCAAAUUGGUUUUGCAACUAAUGAACAUAAAGGGCCUAAGCAUUGCUCAUGUCAAGAGCCAUUUACAGAUGUAUCGUAGCAAGAAGAUUGAUGAUCAGGGUCAAGUUAUAACCAGUAGUGGACAGCUCACGGGACAUCUUAUGGGAAGUGAAAAUCACCUUUGGCAACAAUCCAUGCUUCAGAGUGUUAAUGAAAGGGUUACCCCCAAAUUCAGAUAUGGUGACUUUUCUUGGAAUGGUCAUGGGAGCUGGAUAUCAAGGCCUUAUUUGACUGAGAACAUGUAUAUUAGAACAGGAGAUAGCCUUCAUGGGUCAGUAGCGGAAAGGAUUUAUGGAGGUACUGGUUCGAACAUAAGGGAUAUUGGAGCUUUCUACAUGAAUGACAACAUUGCUUUCGCUGAACAAAGUAGAAAGAGAAAACUACAAGAGUUCAGAGAAGAAUUUCAGUGGCUGUCUAAUCACAAUUCCAGCGAAACCCAGACAAGAUCAACCCCCAUAGAACCAUCUUUCAAUAAUGAAUUGCAUGGAAGAGGAUGGGAGAGAACAGACUGUUUUCAGAAUUCAAUCACAGUGAACACCAAGUCUAUUAAUGUUAGCGGAUAUGGAGAGCAGAACAUAGGGAAAAGGAAAGCUUUGCAUGAUGACAUUGAUUUGAGUCUAUCACUGGGCAGAAGAUCAAGACAAGAGGAAGUUAAAAGAAUACCUUGGGUUGAGGAAGAAGUGGAUGGCAAUUUAUAUCUUUCUUGUUCCUCUUCUUCAGAAAGAGGCAACUAUUCUAUAGAUCUCAACAUGCCAUCAAAGCUUAGCAGCUUGAUACAAGAAAAUAGUGCGAAAAAUAUGAAAUUGGCGAGUACUAGUACCCUUGAUCUGACUAUAUGAAUUACAGAAUUCUAGUGAGAUCCAGUUGGUACUUGUACAAGAGGAUACAUCAGGAUCUUAUGUAUGUUAUCCUAUAUAUUUUUCAAUGCAAUCUAUUAGUAACUAA